AAAGCACAAGGGUUGGCCAAUAGAAUUAGCCAAGCUCAAAAUGAACCAGAAACGGAUGCUUUUCAAAAGCGUAUAAUACCUUAGUAACUCGACUUGUAAGAUUAGCUUUCGUUUAACCGAAAGUGACGGAAAUUAGCCGAGCAUGCUGAAAUAAUGCUUGGUUUAUCGAGGUAGCUAACAUUAUGAAAUACCCCCAAGGUCUGAAUUCAAAUCCAAUGCCUUAAGACAACCUCAAAUCAAACCUGCUUUUUAAACGUAUAUUUAUUUAGCAUUCCAUGUGUUUCCGCCCUUCCACCCUUCUCCCCGUCACCUAUAUUCCUUGUCUUUUGUGUAAGGGAGGGGCAGGGCAUCGUGUCAGUUACUCGCCACACAUGUUUGCAACAUGCUCAAAAUGCAUUCGACAUUCAGCUCAGUUAACCGUGGGGAAACUUGCUCUCUCCUGCCAAAUUUAAGGAUCUUUGUUACAGUCUGGCUUCUAGAUCCGAACAGCGAAAACGGAACUCUAAAUUUUAUCUCCAUCAACGGAUUUGAAUAGUGCACUGGACAGGAAGCCUGGACAAAAGCGAGUCCUCACAGGUUUUUUUUGCUGUAAUCACAUGAAGGCUGAAAUGAGACUGAACUGGGAGACUUGAAGACGGAUGCUCUAUUGAAUUCUAAGCUCAAGUUAUUGAUCAUUAUCAUCAGUAAACAGCUCUGUUAUUCACUGCAGUAGCACUGGGUCUCAGAAAAGGAACAUUGCGUUAAAGAAGGAAUGUUAUUCAUGCAUCCCUUGAACUCCUGAAUGUUCAUGAUGGUAGUGAGUUUAGCAAGAAGAGACAUAAGGAUGGAAAGUGUGGUGUGGCACUCUAUCCCAGCCUGUUCCCUUUUCCUUCUGACCAUCAUCUUUUUCAAAGCUGUUUCAGUGCAAAGAGCUGAGGAAGAUCUUACACCACGGCUAAGUUUUAUAUAUGAUACAGAAGACAGGCUAGCCAAGAGGUUUUCACCUGUUGGAGUGUUCAACUUUACCACUAUGCUCCUGAGCCCAGGAGAUAACACUUUAUACAUAGGUGCACGAGAAGUUCUGUUUGCACUUAAUCUCAGCGAUAUCAGCAGAUUGCAACUGCACCGCAAUAUCACGUGGAGCACACCAAAAAGAAAACGAGAAGAGUGUAGCUUUAAAGGCAAAAAUCUACACACCGACUGUUUCAAUUAUAUUAAGAUUUUACUGCGUGUAAAUGCCACUCAUCUAUAUGUGUGUGGAACUUAUGCCUUCAGCCCUGUUUGUGCUCACAUUAACACAAAGGAAUUCUCUCUGGUACGCAGCAGUACAGGGGAUAUUGUGACAGAGGAUGGUCGCAAUCACUGCCCUUAUAAUCCAGAAUAUAAAUCCACUGCCAUCAUGGCUGGUGGAGAUUUGUAUGCUGCCACCAUCAGCAAUUUUCAAGGGAAUGAGCCCAUCAUUUAUAAAAGUUUUGGUCGGGGCACUACCUUAAAGACAGAAAACUCAUUGAACUGGCUUGAAGACCCAGCUUUUGUAGGCUCUGCCUUCAUCCAGGAGAGCCUCCCAAAAGGCAACGCAGUGGGUGAUGAUGAUAAAAUUUACUUUUUCUUCAGCGAAGCAGGAAAAGAGUUUAAUUUCUUCGACAACACUAUUGUUUCACGUAUUGCUCGUGUGUGUAAGGAUGAUAAAGGAGGAGAGAGAGUCCUGCAGAAAAAGUGGACCACCUUUCUAAAAGCACAGCUCCUCUGCUCAUUGCCUGGUGAUGGCUUCCCUUUUAACAUCAUUCAAGACAUAUUUGUCUUGACACCCAGUAAGGAGGACUGGAAGAGCACUGUGUUCUAUGGAGUUUUCACAUCUCAAUGGUAUAAAACAGCAAUUGGAAGCUCCGCUGUGUGCACCUUUACCAUGAGUCAAGUGGAGGAGGUGUUCAAUGGUCGCUAUCGGGAAGUUAACAGGGAAACACAGCAGUGGUAUACCUAUAAUAACCCUAUCCCAGAACCCAGACCUGGAUCGUGCAUCACCAAUGCAGCUCGCGCUCAUGGCAUGUUCUCCUCACUGCACAUGCCAGAUAAGGUGCUGAACUUUGUAAAGGAUCACUUCUUGAUGGAUAAUGUGAUUCGAGGCCAACCAUUACUGAUUCAAAAAAAUGUGCAUUAUAUACAAAUCACUGUCCAUCGUGUCCAGGCUGUACACAGUGCCUACAAUGUGCUUUUUUUGGGUACAGAUGAUGGCAGACUUCACAAAGCCAUUAACUCCAAGGGAAAGAUGCACAUCAUUGAGGAGCUGAAGCUUUUUCUAGAACCACAGCCUGUACAGAACAUCAUUCUAGAUGCUGAAAAGGGUGUGUUGUAUGUGUCCUCUUACUCCAUACUGGUGGAAAUACCUGUUGCUAAUUGCUCCAACCACAAGAGCUGUGAGGAGUGUAUUCUCACCAGAGACCCUUACUGUGGCUGGACAAGGGGGCAGUGUUUGGAUGUCAGACAUGCAUCAUCUAAAAGUAAAAUUCUGCAAGAUAUAGAAGAUGCCAACAUAGCCAUAUGUGAUGAGGCCCUGCCCAAAUCCUACUCUGCACUUUCAUCCAUACGUAUUCUUCCAUGUCAAGUGAUCAGAAUCCCAGCAAACACAUUUCAAGUACUGCCAUGUAAGUUGCGCUCUAACUUAGCUGAAAGACGAUGGGAGUAUAGCAAGGGUGCUGGGCGCUUUCUCUAUCCAAGCUCUGAUGGGGGGCUGGUUGUAGUAGCCCAAACAGAUAGGGAUGAAUUCUAUGAAUGUUGGUCAGUAGAAAAGGGCUUUUGGCAGCCCCUGGCCAAUUACUGUGUGAAGGCAGAGCCACAACAUGAGAGCACAACACCUACUGGUAGCUCGAACACCCCACUGAUGCCCAAGGAGGAACCAGUGAUCCUUCCAGGUGAUGCUCGCUCCUCACUGGUAGAGAACAAAAGCUACUGGAAUGAGCUCAUUGUGGUAUGUACGCUGCUGGGCUUCUCUCUCCUUGUCUUUUCAUUGUGUUUAAUCUACCGAAAUAGGGACCGCAUGAAAACCAUGUUAAAGCAGAGCGAGUGUCCCAACAUGCAGCAGAAAAAGGCACAAAUGGCAGGAAAGCCCACUGAAAGUCUACCACUGAAUGGUAACAAUGUCCCUUCUUCAGUAGCAGACCAUAAGGGAUACCAGACACUGCAUGACAACUACUUCUGCAAUACACCAACUCAAGAGUGUUCCUCACCUGAGAACAGCAAAAGUUUCUCAGAAUCAGAACAGCACUUAAAGGACACUUGUGUAGAGAUAUCACCCACCUGCCCUCGUCCUCGAGUACGACUUGGUUCACAGAUCAAAGAUUCUGUCAUUUGAGACUCUAGAUGCAAAUAGCAACAUCAGAGACAAUUAACACUGACAAUAAAGUGAUGUGGAGGGAAUUGACAGCACCAUAAGACACACAGCAAAGACUUGAAACCCAUUUCUGUUGAAUGUUUCAAAGAAUAUUUGUAUUAUUUUUUUACACUUCUACUUAUGUCUUGGUAAUGUCCACAUUCUCUGUCACUGAUGUACAUUUCUUGGCUCAAAAUACAAGAGACGGGCAAACCGAUAACUCUUAAAACAGCAUUUAAAGCUAUAUGAUCAUAGAAAUAUGAUGUGCUGAUGUAAUGCCAAUGGAACAUUUGAUAUCUACUUCAUCUAAAUCACCACACAUUAUGGGUGCUUUCAGGGAUUACUCUUCUGACAACCUUGCUUAUGCCAUUUGAUGAUUAAUUACAUUUUCAUUUACAUUUACAGCAUUUGGCAGACGCCCUUAUCCAGAGUGAUGUACAUAAGUGCUUAAAUCUCUAACAAUGAAUACAUUAAUUAAUACAUUAAUUUCACCAGUGCAGAGUGUCAGAAUCCUAUACAGUUCCAUAUGUCUAAAUGUUGUAUUGUAAAUCAGCAUAGAUAGUGUAAAUGUGAAAAAGCUUAAAUUAAAAGCCAUCCAUGAUCAUGAUAUACAGUUGUGCACAUCAGUAACCUGAUAAACCUGUUUUAGCAGUAGUGAUACUUCAAUGCAAAUAAUUUUUCUUGUAGAUGUUUUCUUGUAGAUGUAGAUUUUUUUUAAGCUUACCCAACUGCCAUGAUAGUCUUGGUUCUGAGUAAUUGACUCAUUCAAUGAAAGGGGUGUGUUCAAAAUAGUAGCAGUGUAGAGUUUAAUUAGAGAACCUUUUCAUUGAAGAACUUCCACACAUUAUAUUGCCUUCUGAAUUGCUAAGUAAAAUAAUAAGAUGUUUGACUGAAGCUAAGCUAUCAGCAAGAAACUCCCAUAAAGCACCAUUGUUUAAAAAACUGCCAUGUGCAGAUUCAUUUAAAAAUUUACCAAUGAUCACAUUAAUUGGCCCAAAGAGAAAUGGUGCAACUGAUCCAUAACCCCUGGAUCAGUUUGUAUUGAUCAAAAUACAGAGAAGAGCCAAAGAGGAAAUGUUUCAACAAGACAAUGACCCCAAACACACAAGUAAGCAAGCAACAUCUAAGUUCCAGACAAAAAGGAUUGAGGUAAUGGAUUGUCGAGUUCAAUCCCCGGACCUUAACCCCGUAGAAAAAUUGCUGGAUGACAUUAAAAUGCAAAUAAUCAAAACCCAAAAAAAUCACAGGAACUGUGAAAUGUAGUUAAUUCAUUCUGGGAUGAAAUACCUGUUUUUUAGGUGCCAGAAGUUGGUUGCCUCCAUGCAACACAGAUGUGCAGCAGUUCAUAAAAACGAUGGUUAUGCAACUAAAUAUUAGUUCAGUAAUUUGUAAUAAGUGAAGUUAAAUCUUGAAAUAAAAAUCGAUUUACAACUGUGUGAAAAGGUGUUUUUUGUACCUAUUCUUUAACAUAUUAAUAUUCUUUUUUUGUUUGGUUUGCUUCCGUGAAAAGAAUAACCUUUGAUAAACAAUUUAUAAAAUUUGCCAAUGCCUUGUUUUGGAAUUGAAUUUGUAAUAUUUUGACAUCCGUUUAAAUAUUGAAACAAAAGCUAUUAAAUUAUUUGCACUUUUAUGCACAUACUGCUAUUUAUUAGAACACAACUGUAUAUGCAAGAAUCAUGGACUCAGCAAGUUAAUAGUACAGGACACAGGUAAUUUUUCAAGACAUGGAAGUCUUUUAGAAAAGCUAGCAUUAGCUUAUGACCAAAAGUUUCGUACUGUACUGCCUCUCAAUGCAACACACAUAAACUCAAGUAUUGAAAGUAAGAUUGAGGUCAUGUGGUACAGAGUGAUUAUAUUAGUGCAAAGUGCUACAUUACCUAAGAAUGCAUAUGGUACAGAGAAUUAUGGGAAAUGAAGAAGAAAAAAAAUCAAGUACCUAAGGUGGACAAAAGUAAAUAAUAUACACAUUUAAAUAAUUUAGUUUGUGGUUCAUUGUGCCAAAUUUUCUUAAUAAUAUUUUACUUUAUUGAAAUGAGGCAGUUUUGUAUUUUGAAGGACUGAGGUAAUAUAAAUGUCAUGUGAGCAACGUUUAAGAUUAAUGGGAAAAGCAACUAGUCUUGCAUGCUAACUUUUUUGAAGACAAAGAUAACUGAACAUUCCUCCUGUUAUUUCAUUUGCUUAAGUGAAUAGAUCAGUGUGUUAAAAAAAUGUAAAAUAUUUCACUGGAACUACAUGAUCACCACAAACCAAAAACUCAACAAAAUUUCUCUUUUAAGAGCAUGCAAACAUUUGUGCCAUGGACUGUAGUGAUAAAUUUACUAAAAUAAUUCCAAAACGUAAUUACUUAAAGAAAGUCUCUUGUUUAUUUUCCUAUAUGUUUAUGAUUAAUGUUAUCUGGUAUGUUUUGUAAAAAGUAGCAGCCUAGUACUGUAUUUCUACUGCCAUUGUUGUAUUGGGUGUAUGUGUAUAAAAUAUGUUCACAGAAUGUUAUGGUAACAUGGGGUUAUUUGUGUAAAAUUGGGCUGUUCUGUUUUUUCCCAUAAUGCCUUUCAAGGCACAAUUUGUGAAUCCAAGUUGGUUUCAAUUAUAAAACACAUCCUCAUAGCUUUUUAUAUGGUUGUGCACAAUCAAGUGAAUAUACAUCGACACUAACCUGCAUGCCUCCAAUGAUUUGUAUGCUACACACUCGAAUGAAAAGUAAAAGAAUUCAGUGUAGAAGAUGCCUUAGGAUUAUCAAUAAAACUCAUAAAAUAGCUCUUCAUUAUGAAUGAAUUACAUUAACUGUUUGGUCAUUUGUAAAUGUAUUAUUAUGAAUGCUCUUUUUGCAAAUCUGUCCACAAAUACACAAUAAUCUUUAACAUUACUCCAAAUGUAUAUAAUGUUUUAAGCAGAGCAUAAGGACUCUAUACUAUAUAAAGACUAUACUAUAGCUAACUACAUAUUUCUCAGAAAAAAACUCCAUCUUGCUUUAAAAUUAAUACUUUCAAUGGGAUUCAUUACAAUGAGAUAGUUACGCAAAUCUGAUUACUUUGUUUUAAAUUAGAUUAGUCAGUACCAAAGGGAAAAAUUGAACUAUUUUAACAAAAUAAUUUAAUAUCAUGGUGUGAAAAUGCAUAUACCCCAAUGAAUGUGUUAAGAGAAAGCAUGAAAUAAAUUUGUAAUGAACAGGAAUUCACCAUAAGAUAAAUCUAAUAAAUCAAAAUACAGGUAGCCACAGAAUUAUUAAUGAUUAAAAGUGAUAUUUAAGAGAAAAAAAUCCACUCUCAUAUAAUGCUGACAAAAUAGCAGCACAUAGAAAGAAAUGUCACACAAAGAAAUGUUGCACAUUUCUUUGCACAAAAAGAAUUUGCCAGGGCUCAUGUUGGCAAAGGCAAAGACUCCUGGGACUCUAUACUUUGGAGUGAUGAGACAAAGAUUAAUGUUUUUGGCUCUGAUGGGUUCCAAACUAUAUGGCAUUGCAAUGGUGAGGAGUACAAUAAAAAAAAUGCCUGGUAUGAA